CGCCCGGCGGCGGCCUCCAGCCUUCCCGGCGUGCGCCGCGGCCGCCAUAGAGCGGAGGGCCGGCCCCGCCGCUGGGCGCUCGCGGCGUGUGCGGGAGGCGGUGCGGCCGCGGCGAGAUGGCGGCCGCGGGGCGGGCGGCCGAGGCGGAGCAGCACCUCAACGGCGAGCUGCCGCCGGAGCACGACGACAAGGAGGGCGCCGAGGGCGGCGCGGCGGGGCUCGGCGCGGACGAUGGCGCCAGGAAGAAGCGCAAGAAGAAGAAGAAGGGCAGGGCCGGGCCCGCGGGACAAGAAACGGAUAAAGAAGUGGAAGGUGCCCUCGAUGAUGUAGCAAAACAAUUGGAUAAGCAAACACUGGAGGACAAAGACAAGGAUGAUGAUGAUGAAGAUGGAGAGGGUGAAGGGGAUGGAGCAACAGGGAAAAAGAAGAAGAAGAAGAAAAAGAAGAAAGGACCUAAGGUCCAGACGGAUCCACCUUCUAUUCCAAUAUGUGAGCUAUUUCCCAGCAACAUAUACCCAAAGGGAGAAGAAUGUGAAUAUCCACCAACGCAAGAUGGGCGAACUGCAGCUUGGAGAAUAACCAGUGAAGAAAAGAAAGCACUAGACCAAGCCAGUGAGGAAAUCUGGAAUGAUUUUCGGGAGGCUGCAGAGGCACACAGACAAGUGAGGAAAUAUGUUAUGAGCUGGAUAAAACCUGGAAUGACGAUGAUAGAAAUCUGCGAAAAACUUGAAGACUGCUCACGUAAGCUGAUAAAGGAAAAUGGCUUAAACGCAGGCCUUGCAUUUCCUACUGGGUGCUCUCUGAACAAUUGUGCUGCCCACUACACUCCCAACGCAGGAGAUCCAACAGUGCUGCAGUAUGAUGAUAUUUGCAAAAUAGAUUUUGGGACACAUAUUAGUGGUCGUAUUAUUGACUGUGCUUUUACAGUCACAUUCAAUCCAAAAUAUGACAGACUAUUACAAGCUGUAAAGGAUGCCACUAAUACUGGAAUAAAGUGUGCGGGAAUAGACGUACGUCUCUGUGAUGUGGGGGAGGCCAUACAAGAAGUUAUGGAGUCCUAUGAAGUUGAAAUUGAUGGCAAAACAUACCAAGUGAAACCAAUUCGUAAUUUGAACGGACACUCAAUUGGGCCGUACAGGAUACAUGCUGGAAAAACCGUGCCCAUUGUGAAAGGAGGAGAAGCCACAAGAAUGGAGGAAGGUGAAGUAUAUGCUAUAGAAACCUUUGGUAGCACAGGGAAGGGUGUUGUUCACGAUGACAUGGAGUGUUCUCAUUAUAUGAAGAACUUUGAUGUUGGGCACGUGCCAAUAAGGCUCCCAAGGGCGAAACACUUGCUAAAUGUUAUCAACGAAAACUUUGGUACUCUUGCCUUCUGCCGCAGAUGGCUAGAUCGCCUGGGAGAGAGCAAAUACCUAAUGGCACUGAAGAACCUGUGCGACUUGGGUAUAGUGGAUCCAUAUCCUCCCCUGUGCGACAUCAAAGGCUCGUACACAGCGCAGUUUGAGCACACUAUACUGUUGCGCCCAACGUGCAAAGAGGUUGUCAGCCGAGGAGAUGACUACUAAACUCAAAGCCACCUCAGCACCUUUAUACACUAGGCUUUGUUGGAACAUAUUAUACCAGAAUUAAUUUGCAACAUAUUGUCUGUUUUAACAGUGGACUGAUGUAAUACUUUCCAUAUUUGGAAAGGAAGUAAUUUAAUUAAAGGCAAGUCUUCUAAUGUAACUAACCAAGGAAAAAGCUUUCAGGCCUUUAGAAAUAUUUCAAAAGUUACUUAUUUUUUCUGUUCAGGGAAAUAUGUGCUAUAAAGCUCAAUUUUUAGUUUGGAAUGAGUUAUACAUUUUGUUUUGAACAUUUAUGAUAAAAGAUGCUUUUCAAAUAUUUAUAUUACCAUAUUCCUACUUGAAUGCUUUGAAUGACUACACCUGAUUUCUGCGCCUAAGUCCUCUAUGAUAUUGCCUUUUAAACUUCCUGGAAUCCAUUUUGUAAAAAAAAUAAAAAAUAAAGACAAAUUUUCAGAUCUAAAAAUAUAUAUACUUUUUAGAAGUCUGGUUAUGAUUCUGGUCAGGAGUCUGCUGGGAAACUGCUCUAUUAAAUAUUUUACAAACUUGAUUUGCCGUUUUUUCUCUCAAAACUGGAACUCUCUCGUCUUUAAACUGAAACUCUUAGCCUUAACUUAAGGUUUUGCAUUUUAAUGUUGUAUUCAGUUUGUGGCAAGGUUUUGGUAGCGGGGGGCUGCAGGGGUGGUAUCUUUGAGAAGAGUUCAGGAGCUGCCCCAUUGUGAUUAGAGCUGGUUCCAACCUGCAUGGAAAGGGGACCUCCCCCCCAGUGGCCAAAGAUGAGCUAAUGGGUGAUUCUGCUUGUGCCUCCGUGAUGUUUAAAGGCUUUAAAAAAUCAAACCAAAACACUGCUGUGCCACUCUGCAGUAGCUGGGAGAGAAGAGAAAGAACGAGACAGCCCUGCAGACGCCAAGGUCAGUGAAGAAGGAGAGGAGGUGCUCCAGGUGCUGGUGCAGGCUGUCCCCGAGCAGCGCGUGGAGGAGCACAGUGCAUCAGAUAACCACGCUGCAGUCUGUGGAGGACCCCACGUUGGAGCAGGUGCAUCUGGGCUGUGGAGAGCCCACACAGGAGCAGGCUUCUGGCAGAAACUGUAGCCCACAGAAAGCCCACAUGGGACUGGGUUUCAUGGCAGGAACUACAGCCUUGGGGACUCAUGCUGGAGCAGCUGUGAAGAGGCUACAGCCUGUGAGAAGUUCACGCUGGAGCGGCUUGUGAAGGGCUGCACCCCACAGGAGGUAACCCACAUGGAGCAGGAGAAGAAGGAACGGCAGGGAUGAGGUGUUACAAGCGGACUGCAACAUCCAUUCUUCGUCCCUCUGUGCUGCUCAGGGAGGGAGGAGGCAAAAGAAUUGGGACUGAAAUUGAGCCUGGAGAUGAGGUGUCUUUAGUUUGCUUGUAGUUCUUAUUUUCCUACUCUGUUACUGGGCAAUAAAUUAAUUAAAUCUU